AUGCCCAAACUUUCGAGCCUAGUCGACAAGGCGGAGUCGAAUUCAUACUUCGAGGAUUUGGAUCCUGUAAAUCCGAUGCCAAAUACACUUGCAGAACCAUCGAGUGAGACGCUUGUUAUCGAGCAAGACCCAUACCUAAUGGUGGCAGCUGACGAUGCGAUGUCAUCGCCUCCGAGACUACUCAACGCAAACGCCUCGAGCUCCACCCUCAAUACCACCGUACCCUUUUCUCUCGCGCCACCGCCUUCGCCUUUGCCGACCUCGAGGACAUCUGUAAAUUUCACACUCACCGCGCCUGCAUCCAUUGAUAUGCCUGUCGAGGUAUAUUACGGCGAGUACCACGUAGACGCAUCAGGAGGAAGAAGAGUUUAUCGGUACGCAUCGACGCCCGUUGCUCAGUCUUGCGGCGUCGAGAUUAUCUCGUAUGACCCACGCAUAGACUCGCUGGCGGACAUGCGAACACCCUCUGGUAUCACGAAGAGGUUGUUCUACAAAGCAGCAGCCGAUCCACCAGAAGUCAGAACGCCUUUCAAUGAUGAGCCACUAUCGUCGCCAUAUGUUCCGCCUGUCAAUCCGUAUUCUUCCACUACCGCACAAUAUCAACCGGAAGCCCCUGGCAAAUCUGAGCUUCUUCCAUGUUCCGCGGCAGACCAUGAUGAUGACACCCCGUGCGCUCCUCUUUUUUACGAACAGCUCGACACGAAUCUUCCUGCCGAAGCUGGAGUCGAAGAGGUCCCUGAGACAGCUCCUCGACAGAACAAGCCGCAGUUGACAAAGCGUCCUUCCGAGGAGGAAGUCAUUGGACACAACUGGAUCAAAUUCCAUGGUGCAGAACAGUCGCAUGCAUCGCUCAAUGACAGUCCGUCCCAGAUGACGACAUUGCAGGAACGCAAUGCGCCGAGAUAUUCGCGACGGGCCGCCUUGCGAAGCACACUGCGUAACAUUGGAAGCAACAUUGGAGAGAAGCUUAGGGGAUCCGGGUCGUACAAAGGAAACAAGUUGGUGAAGCAGCAACAAGAUCGAGUGAGUAGGAUAUUUGAUUUUUGA